CGUUCGCCAGUCCGGUGUGGAAAACGUUGUUAAUUCCCUAUUUUUCAACAAAAAACCGUAAAUUUUCACCAUAAACAUGGUGCAUUACGUGAAAAUGGAAGACGGCAAGGUGAUGCCGAUGCAGGAAAUGUUGAAAAGUAUCGAACGCUACAACCCGGAACAUCUGAAGGUAAUCGAAGCGUACGUCGAGGAGCAGGCACGCGAAAACCAGUACGAUCUGGAGGCGAACCUGGCCUGCCUAAAGCUGUACCAGUUCAAUCCACAGCUGCUGAACCUGAACAUUACGUACAUCAUCCUGCUGAAAGCGCUGACCAACUUCCCGCACACGGACUUUGUGCUGUGCAAGUGUUUGCUGCUGCCAGCUCAGAUGAACGAUGAAACGGUGAAAGAAAUCAUCUAUCUGGCCAACAUACUAGAGAAGUGCGAUUUCUCACUGUUCUGGUCCCGCGUUACCCAGCAUCCGGAAAACUUCCAAAAAAUCAACGGUUUUUACGAUUCGAUCCGGAAGUUUGUGUGUCAUGUUGUAGGCAUCACAUUCCAGACGAUUGACCGCGGGUAUUUGAUGCGAUUGUUGGGCAAUGUGGAGGAGAACGUGCUACGGGCGUGGCUGAAGCGUUACGGUUGGAAGGAGGAAGGUGGUCUGGUUAUGAUCGCCUCCCAGGAGGAUAAGAUUAAGACGAAGCACAUCAAUGAGAAGAUUGAGUUCGAUAAUCUGGCUCCGUUGAUGGCCAACUGCUUGUAAGAUGGUGUAAUGCCG